GAUAUCACCACCAGCAACAGCCUCUCUCCUCAGAGAGGCAUGCAUUUCAUGCCCAAGGGCCCAGGCAGUUGAGGUCCUUGGCAAGUGAUGUGUGAGUCCUGUGUGUCGUAGAAAGCUCCCUACUCCUGUCUGGUGACCAAAGGCUUGGUCACAAGUGGUGGGUCAUUUCUCCUCCACCCUCGCCUCCCUGCUCAGGGCCCCCUCGUCAACUGGAACGCCCUUCGACAUGGUCCGGAUGCUGUUGUUCAUCUUUAUCAUGGUCCAUCCAGUAUCCUGUGCUCUCUGGGUGUCUCAGCCCCCUGAGGUUCGUACCCAGGAGGGCGUCACUGCCUUCCUGCCCUGUUCCUUCAAUGCCAGCCGAGGGAGACUGGCCAUUGGCUCCGUCACAUGGUACCGGGACAAUGUGGCCCCAGGGAAUGAGGUGAGGAACAGGACCCCAGAGUUCAGGGGCCGCCUGGCCCCUCUUGCCUCUUCCCGCUUCCUCUGUGACCACCAGGCUGAGCUACACAUCUGGGACACACGAGGCCGUGACGCUGGAAUCUAUGUGUGCAGGGUGGAAGUGCUGGGCCUGGGUGUCGGGACAGGGAAUGGGACUCUACUGGUGGUGGAGACAGGACCUCCUCAGCGAGGGGCCCUCACAUCCCUCCUCCUUCGGGCUGGAUUCUAUGCCUUCAGCUUUCUCUCUGUGGCCGUGGGCAGCACCAUCUAUUACCAAGGCACAUGUGAGUGAUGGAGCUGUGCAAUGGCAGAAGAGGUGGAGGGGCAGUGAGAGGCCCCACGAGCAGACAGACACCAAGGAGGGGAGGCCUGCAGCGCCCAGUGACUCUGAUCAGCUCUCCACCAGGCCACUGUCACAUGAGAAGACACUGCCACUGCUUGGAUGGCCUCUGAUGAGUGAUUCCAGACUCCAGUGAUCCCAAUGCUCAUCAAGAAACCCCAAUAAAUCUGUCUCUGCCCCACUACUAACUUCUUAUGAGUCUCUGUGUAUUUCCUUCUCCGUUCUCCAGAUGCCCAGUAUACCCCUCUCCAGGUUUCCCUGACUCUUAACUCUCCCUUCUAGUAAGUCUGGCCUGGAAAGGGCCAAGGAGGGAGCUUCCCAGCACCUGUGCUUAGAGCCUCCUCUCACCACCAUCCUGGGGUUCAACAGGAUGGGCCCUACCUCUUCUAGGUCCAGGAGGCUGAGGCCAGUUCUCCUGAGAAACGGGGGAGUAUCGAAUCUGAUUAGUCCUACUUGUCAAUUGCCCACAGACAAAUAUAAUAGUCCCGCCUUAUCCAAGGGGGAUACACUCCGACCCCCAGUGGACUCCUGAAACCAUGAACUGUACUGAACUGUAUAUAUAGUAUGCUUUUUCCUAAACAUAUAUACCCAUGCUAAAGUUUAAUUUGUAAAUUAGGCACAGUGAGAGAUUAAUAACAAUAAUACAAAAGAGAACAAUGAAAACAAAUGCACUGUAAUAAAAUUUAUAUGAAUAUAAUCUCUGUUAAAAUAUCUUAUUGUAUCGUUCUCACCCUUCUUCUUGUGAUGAUCUGAGAUGAUACGAUGCCUGCUUAUGUGAUGAGAUGAAGUGAGGUGAAUGACGGAGGCACGGUGACAUAGCAUUAGGGUACUGUAAGGGUGACUUGAACACAAACACUGCAGUCCCUCAACAGUCAACUUUAUAACUGGGACGGCGACUAAGUGACUAACAGGCAGGUAGCAUCUAUAGUGUGGAUAGGCGGAAUAAAGGGAUGAGUUACGUCCCGGGCAGGACAAAGCGGGACAGCAUAAAAUUUCAUUCCAAUACUCAGAGUGGUGUGCAAUUUAAAACUUAUGAAUUGUUUAUUUCUGGAAUUUUCUAUUUAAUAUUUUCGGACCAUGGUCGACCAUGGGUAACUGAAACUACAGAUAAGGUGGGGGGUGGGGUGGGCACUACUGUACUCUUUUCUGGCCUUCAGGUGAGCUUGGGUCCCUAAACAUCCUUCUCCCACUAAAUCACUACUUGACCCCAGACAAGGUGAGAGGGUAAGUCGCUUAAGUUUUGAUGGUGGCCAUGUUGAAUGGGGGCUUGAGAUAGAUUGAGAAGCCUGAGACACAGAAGGUGGCCAGACCACCGACUUUACUGGGUGAACCA